AUGGAUUUGCCAGUAUGGAUUAUGUUGGCGGCAGUGCUGCUAGUAGCAGUGCAAGCAGACCCUAAGGACCAAGGGCCUCAAGUUUUCAAUGAAAACAAAUCACCACCAAAGGAGCAGCAGAAACGUCAACAAAAAUACGAAAUGAAAGAGGUAAUAAUGUACCUCACACCGUCUCAAAUAAGAUCAUUGGAGUCCGGACAAAGCGUGAUCGAAGUACACCAAUCACCUCCACCUCCAGCCCAACCGAACCAUUCUCAAUUAAAUAAACAAAUUAAAGAACAAAUAGUAAAUGCUCUUAACGAAGGUGGUCAAAUAUUACAAAAAAAUGUUGAGAAUUUGGAAACUAACAGAAAACAGCGGAUUCAAGUAAUAGAAGCCAUUCAGAAUACACCAAGCAAGGAAAAGGAACAAAACAAACUUGUACCGGAGAACAACGUGCCUCCAUCAUCACAAGUUGAAAUACAAAAACGAGAGAAAUUUGAACUGCCGUUGGAAUUACAACUCCUUCCAAAUUUAAUACAUCACUCAGAACAGCUAUUACAAAAGCCAUCACAAUUGGACCAAUUGCAACUACAACACCAAAUUUCUCCGACACCUGUGCCUUAUUUACAGGAGCCAAAUAUUCCAUCUGUAGAGGCUCCACUGGAACACAUUAGAUUAUCACAAGAAAGACCACAAUGGCGACCACAAAACUACGCUUACCUAUACUUCUAUCCCAAAGGGAAACCAGUAAAUACUGGAACUUCUCCAGACUUUCAUCCAGAUUUACAAACUGACGGGAUUAAAGAGUUACUUUUACAGCCAGAACAACAUAAAAAUCUUCAUCCAAAUUUUCAGUUAAUACCCUAUGAAUACGGCUUACAAAGUAAACUAGAGGCUCAGCAAAUAUUAAAAGCUCAAUUAGAAAAUCAUCACUUGGACGCUGAACGCCUUAAACUAAACAUACUGCAGGCUCAUCAGUUCGAAAAUAUCGAUAUUCAACAAAUUAACUCUCAGAAACAGCUUGAAUCUCAGUAUCAUCAUCAAGAAGCCCUUCAAUUGGAAGCUUCACAACAGUUAGCAGCUUCUAACCAAUUGCAAGCUCAUCAAUUAGAAGCAGCGCAGAUAGAGGUUCAAGAGAUCCCAGCUAGAUAUGAGCCACAAAAAUUAGAAGCUCAACAAAUCCAAACCGGUUAUGAGUCUCAACAACUUCAAGCCGGUUACGAACCCCAGGAACAAGAGGCAGCUUAUAGAGCACAUAAAUUAGAAGCUCAGCAACUUCAGGCUGCCUAUGAAGCUCAACAAUUUCAAACAGGGCAUGAAGCACAGAAGCAAGAAGCGCAGCAGCUCGAAGCAGCAUUUGAAGCUCAACAACUACAAGCACAGAAAUUGGAAGCCCAGCAACUUCAGGAUGGUUAUAAAAUUCAACAGUUUCAAACAGGGUACGAAGCCCAGAAGUUGGAUACGCAGCAACUUCAGGUUCCUUAUGAAGAAUCAGGAUAUAAAACACAGCAAUUAGAAUCUGAAUAUGAAGCCCAACAACUGAGAGAUCAGGAACAUAACGCUAGAUACGAAGCUCAACAGCGUCAAGCCAAUUAUGAAGCUCAGAAACUAAAAGCUCUACAUCUUCCAUCACGACAUGACGCUCAGCAGUUGAAGGCGGAAUAUGAUGCCCAUAAGUUAGAAGCUCAACAAUUAUCGGUUGGACAUGAACAUAAACUAGAAGCAGAAAAUAUACAAGCUGAAUAUGAAGCACAACAAAAAGCGAAACAACUGGACUUGCAAGCAGUUCAACGUCAUCAAAUGAAAGAGAUAAUAGAAGCCCACAAACUCAAAGAGAAACUGCAAGCUCAAGAAAAAGAGGCACACAGACUAGAUACACAACUAGAAGCUGAACAACUGAAAGCAGAAGAUAUGAGGCAGGAACAACAGCGCCUUGAAUUUUUAAGAAAAUUAGAACCGAAGAGGACAGAAAUGCAUUCAAUUUUAAAGCCCCUGUUUCAAGGACACAAUAUAGGGGAGCAAUUAUCACAACAGAUUGCAAACUUCCCUCAUCAUAACAUAUAUCUAGAGAAAGGAUUCAAACCUCUACAAUAUGCACCGCAGUACAAUGGUAAAAAAUAUGCUAGAGAGGUAGAAAAAAUUAUCCAGAAGAAUUUCCUGGAAAAACAAAAAGCUAUCGCCAAAGCAGAAGCUAUAUCAAACGAACCAUCUGUAUUUGUUAAAAAAGAAAUUAUUAAGCAUGUUUCCGUGCCUACGCCUGUUUUCGUGCCAAUACCGGAGCCGAUCGCUGUAAAGGUACCUCAGCCAUACCCAGUGCCUCUAGAAAUCAUAAGGCCCAUCCCAGUUCCGAUAGUAAAGAUGGAAAAAGUGGAAGUGGAAAAACCCGUCCCGGUCGAGGUAGAGAAACUUGUUCCUGUUCCUGUAACGAAAAAUGUUUACGUAAAUGUCAAUAAACCUUACGUAGUAAAAAAAGUAGUCCCUAUUGAAGUGAAAAAGGAAAUACCGGUACCUGUUCGUACGCAGAAAUUUUCACUAAUUCGACAUGUUUGGGAUCGUUAG